AUGUAUAAAUUAUAACCUUUUAUUCUAAAUCUAGUCAAUCCUUUUGGCACGAAUCACAGUGUAACAACCUAAAGAACUAAUGCUUACUUGGAAGUAACUCAUUUAGGAACAACUGGAAUUGCAGAGGCUGGAUUGCCUCCAAAAAAAUAAAAUUGCUAUUUUACUGAUUAUGAUGACAUUGAGGUGUUCUUCAAACUGUUUUAAUCAAUCAAACCUUUGGAAAAGUAUGAUGGAUUUGAAUAAUUCAAAUAAAGUCCCUACUUCAAUAUGGAAGAUGGAGAAGCAAAAGAAUUUCUGAACUCACAGUUAUCAAUACUUGAUUAAAUUCCUAACGAUCCCAUACAUUUAGCAUCAAAAUCCUUAUUUGAAUGUGCCUUAAUUGAUUGGUAUUGUAAGAAGACCAACAAAUAAAUAUCUCAAUUGAUAUCCAAAGAAAAUUAUGAAAAACUAAAAGUGCCAAAUAAACGAAAUUUUUACACGAUUUCUUUAUUGGAUAAUAUAGAUGAAGUGAUUUCAUAGUUGGAUGUUGGUCUUCCAUAUACACCAAAUAUAAAAAUUAAGGUUGGUGGAGAUCUUGAAUACAUUAGAAAGGUGUUGAUAGGAGUAUACAAUAAAGUAAUAAAAGGUAAUCAUAAUUUCUAAGGAUUGUUGUCAAUUGAUUGCAACAGCAGUUGGUAGCCAGAGACAGCUCUCAAGUUUUUAGAUCUAUUGAACACAGAACUGAUUUAGAUUAAACCUUAUUUAUAUAUGAUUGAGCAACCUUUCCCAUUGAUUUUCGAGAAAGAGCCUUGGUACAUAGUAAAGGAAAAGUACUUGGAGUAGAAAAUAGAAAUUUAUGCUGAUGAAUCUAUUAAGACAUAAUAGGAUGUGGUGGAACUUUAGAAGGUUGUGACAGGUGUAAAUGUAAAGUUAGAAAAAUCUUCUGGAUAUCGAGGUGCAGUGGCGAAUUUCGUUAAAGCAGAGGAAUUAAUGUUGAAGAAAUGGGUUGGUAUUAUGAUAGGAUCAUCUUUAAUUGCUAAUUAAGCUAUUAAUUUAUUAGGAUUGGCAACAAUAGGUGGAGACAUUGAUGGGACAUUAUUAGUUGAGAAAUCCUGUCAUAAAGUUGAGGAGUAAUUUAUAUGGCAUAGUGCCAAUAGUGAAUUUUGGGGUAUGAUUUCAUUAAAAUGA